AUGGAGACCUUCGGCCUUUACGAUGGCAUCAUCAAGCGGGCCAUUGUCGGUGGGGACACCUACCUGUCUUCACGUGGAACUCAAGGCUUGGUGGUAAGCGUUGUAUUCACAUCGCUAGCAACGGCUUUUGUGGGGAUCCGAAUUUAUACCCGGCUUAAGUUCUUGCGAACCUUAGAAGCCAAUGACUGGAUGGUAAUAAUCGCAUUGGUCAACUCGUUCGUCUUCAUGGGACUCGAUAUUGUCGAGGCUACCAGCGGGAUGGGAAUGCAUCUCAAGGACAUCCCUCCCCAUAUCCUUGUGCGACAGAUGAAGGCAUUCUGGCUCACCAUUCCCUUCUAUAACGCCGCCGUUCUAUGCGCGAAAGCCUCGAUCCUAAUGCAAUACUUCCGAGUGUUCCCCACACAACGCAUGCGCCUUAUUUGCUGGAUCAUGAUUACAAUCUUGGCUCUGUAUGGUACUUGGGCUGUGCUCAGCGCAUUUUUGAAUUGCAUUCCCGUUGCGAAGUUCUGGGAUCCCACUAUCGAAGGGUACUGCUUAAACAAGCCUGCGUUGUGGUUCUCUAAUGCUGCCAUGCACAUUACUACCGACAUAGCAAUUUUAAUUAUCCCGAUACCUGCUUUGGCAUCAAUUGAUAUUCCCAGGAGGCAAAAGAUUGCAUUGAUGCUGAUGUUUGCACUGGGUGGAUUUGUGUGCAUUACCAGCAUUGUCCGUCUCGUUAGUCUCAAGAAGAUAUCAGAUUCUCUGGAUCCUACUUAUGACAACGUGGGCGCCGCAUCUUGGUCCGCGAUCGAGUGUAAUGUCGGCAUCAUUUGCGCCUGCCUCCCAACCUUAAAACCACUCAUUUCCAAAAUAAUUCCCGGCUUGAUCUCAACCCUCAGUGGAAACCGCUACGGCACAGGUCAAUCCACAACUCGACGCGGCACCUGGAACGAUGAGUCGACUAUUGGGGCACCCGGCGAAGAUCCCGAGUACGGAUCUGGUGAUCCAGAGCGUGUUCUAUCUUUCGGUCCUAUGAUCGAUCCAUCUGUCAUCAAUGAGCUUUCGGAGCUCCGCCACCAACAUACCCCACCGAACGAUUCGGUUCCUUCGAAAUAA